AAAACACAAACACAUUGAACACCGCAAGCUCUCGAUGCCUUGAACCAACACAUCAUCUUCCAUUCGUAUGGUUUAGAGAUAUCCUCCCAAAUUGCUAUUUCACGUUUAACAGCGACCAGUUUUUGUCAAUACAAAAGAAAGGACGAGAAAGAAAUAUGGGCGACCACUCUCAGACCACAGCCGGUGAUGCAAUCAUUGAUAUCCCUACUUCCACCGACACCAUCGUACACCACCACCAUCCAGACCACCACCCGCCUCCAUACCACGAAGACCCUCUUCCCGACAUGGCAAACGACGCGGCUGUGAUGGCACCUUUAAACCGAAUCUAUCAACAGUAUGGUACUAUUCUAGUUGAGAGUCCACGAGACCGACGCCGACGAUCGCAAGAAGAGAGUCCUGCGUGGCAAUGUUUCAGUUUUACAGUUGGCUGCGCUAUGACUGGAUUCACUAUCUUUGUACUGUAUCGCCUCUUUGAGGCUCCGCACCCCUGGUGAUACGAUAG